AUGGAUGAAGUUUUCAAAGAUCCUGUACAAUUUUCCAAAGGUGUUAAAAUGGAUGACCUUUUGAAUGGUGCCUCAGAAUUUCAUAUAGACACAGAUUUUAAGAAAAAAUCAACAGGAAUGAUGGUGACUUGUGAUGACGACUUGUUUCCAGAUAUGGAUGAAAAUGAUAGUGAUGACGAUGCGUACAAAAGCCUAGAAGAAUCAGUAUCAAAACUAAUGCUAUCAUGUCCAGAAUAUCAUUCUUUUAGUGAACUAUCUUCAAAAAUGAUUGACUGUGUUCCGAGCGGGGCUGUGAAAAUGAUGAUACUUGAAGAAGGCAGUGGUCCAUUAGUCCCAUCUGAUGCAAUAGUAACCGUACAUUAUGCCGCGUACUUUGAAAAUGCCAAAAUACCAUUCGAUUCCACUUUAACUAUGAAUUGUGGUAACCCUCUGUGUCUAACAUUAGGCAACGGCAGGUUUAUCCCUGGUCUAGAAAUAGGACUGACAUGUGUCAAAGGCCCACAAGCGAGGUUUUUGUUGCUUCUAAAACCGGAAGUGGCGUGGGGAAAAAAUGGCGUGCUGCCCCGCAUCCGGCCGGAACCCGCGUUAUUUGUCAUCAGUUUGUAUGACGUUGAGGAUGUUAAAGCGGGUGCUAGAUUUAACAGUCUGCCAAAGGAAGAACAACAAAAAUUCAAAGUUACCAUAAACACAGUUAAAUCCAUACAUAGUCGUGCAAAAAAGUUAUUUACCAAAAAGAAAUUCAUUGAAGCAAUAAGAGAGUAUCAACAGUCUAUCAGCAUUUUGAACGUAUCGAAAACAGAUGACGAGAAUGAAUUAAACGAAUUAAAAAUAUAUAAGAUUAAUUCUUACACAAAUAUAGCUAUUUGCUAUUUUAAAUUAAAUAAACCUAAACAUACAAUAAAUAUGUUGGAAUGCUUAGAUUUUAUUACUGAUAUCGAGAAACAUUGUAAAGCAUUAUUUUAUUAUGGUAGAGCGUGCGAAAUGUUGAAUAAAACUGAAGAAGCCCUCACAUAUUACAGAAAAGCUCGUAAAUUAGAACCGGGAAAUAAAGAAAUUGGUGAUAAAUUGUCAACACUAGAAAAAUAUAAUAAAACAGGCAAAGAAAAUAUUAAGGUGUUGUGGCAGAAUGCAUUUAAGUCUGUGCCAGAAAAAAAAGUUACAUACUCCGUGGAUGAAGUCUUCAAAAAUGAUGUCACUGUCAUGUGUCAAGAUUUGGCGGGAAAUGAGGAAUUUGCUAAAUUCGAAAUACCGAUGAGUUUAUCGAAAGAUGAAUUGGCUUGUAUAAAAGAUUUGAGUUCUAAAUUUGAUAAUUUAGUCGUUUUAGAAGAGGGUGAAGGGAAAAAUAAGACAAUGUCGAUAGUUAGAAAAGUUACAGGUGCCAAAAUGAUUCGUUUUCUUAUAUUAGCUGCCUUUUUACAAUGUACGAUUUCUCAACAAUAUCAACAGAAAGUUGCUCCUGGAGUUCCCCCACAGAAUUACCAGAACUAUCAACCACCACCUCCACCACAAAUGCCCCAACAGUCCCAACAGCAACAAUACCAACAGCCCCCACAACAGCAAUACCAACAGUCCCCACAACAACAAUACCAACAGCCCCCACAACAACCGCCACAACAAGUGCCCCAACAACAAUACCAACAGCAAGUGCCUGUACAACCGGUGCCUGCUCAAAACCAACAGGGCCAUGGUCACGAUCCUCAACUAUUGAAUGCAGCUAACAUUGCACAGGAAAGAGAGCACAUUCAAGAACAUAUGGACGUACCAAUAGAUACGUCAAAAAUGUCCGAACAAGAACUCCAAUUCCAUUAUUUCAAAAUGCACGACGCAGAUAAUAAUAAUAAGUUGGAUGGAUGCGAAUUGAUCAAGUCUUUGAUACAUUGGCAUGAACAAGGUCACAACGAGAAACAGCCAGGAGCACCACCGGUCGGUGAAAAAAUAUUUAAAGAUGAUGAAUUAACUAACUUAAUAGACCCCAUAUUAAAUAUGGACGAUCACAAUCGCGACGGUGAACAUGGAGGAUCCCCCGUAAUUUACACAGAUAAACAAAUAGAAGCCUUAUUGGAAGAAGCGUUGAAACACACAGACCUUAAUAACGAUGAUAAAGAUGGUAAGACGCAUGAGAUAGAAACGACAUACAAGGACGAACAGCUAUCAGAAAUGAUUGAUGAAGCUUUAAAGAGAAGUGACAAAAAUAACGAUGGAUUUAUCGAUUAUGCCGAAUAUAAAUCGAUUACUGAGGGU